CAAAUGUUCCUACAGUAAUAAAUCCAGAUGAUGUAAUUAUAGAAGUCGGACCAACUAAUAAGAUUGUUUAUAUAUCAGUGUCUUUGUCCAGAGAUGUAGGUGAUGGUAUCCUAAUUAUCUCUGCUUGCGGAUUAAAAUUUUCAUUUGAUUCUUGUCCCAUAACCUGUGCUGAAUUUAUCGUUCCUGAUUCAAGACUUUCAAAGAGCCAUUUACUUGGUGACAUUGGUGUUGACCCUGGUAUAAUGUUGCACAAGUUUGUUACUACAGCACUAGUCAAAGCGCAUGAGUAUUUUGUGACAUUAUCAAACUUGAUGAAGGAUGUAGCUUAA